GAAGAUUGGGAUAUCAAACAAUAUGGCGGAAGAAGUGAAGCUUUUGAAGACAUGGUCAUCCCGUUUUGGAUUAAGGGUUGUUUGGGCGUUGAAGCUAAAGGGUAUACAGUAUGAAGCAUUUGAUGAAGAUCUAUCCAACAAGAGUGCUUUACUUCUUCAGUAUAAUCCCGUCUACAAGAAAGUUCCAGUGCUUGUUCACAAUGGAAAACCCAUCUCGGAGUCGCUUGUGAUUCUUGAAUAUAUUGAUGAGACAUGGAAGCAAAAUCCCAUGUUGCCCCAACAUCCUUUGGAGAAAGCCAGGCAACGCUUCUGGGCCAAAUUCAACGAUGAAAAGCUUCUACCAUCAAUAUCGGGUAUUUUCACCAAAGAAGGAAAAGAGCGAGAGGAAGCUGUUGCAGCAUCACUGGAGAACUUGAAAUUUGUAGAAGAAGAGCUGAAGGGAAAGAAAUUCUUCGGUGGAGAAAAGAUAGGACUGGCUGAUCUCGUUUUUGGUUGGCUUGCAAACUUGAUCUGUGUUUUUGAAGAGGUACUUGGCUUUAAAAUAAUUGAUGAGAGAUUUCCAUUGUUAUUGGCCUGGAUGAAGGAGUUUUCGCAACUCCCAAUAAUCAAAGACAACUGGCCACCUCAUGACAAGAUGAUCAUCAAGUACCAAGAACAAUAUGACAAAUACCAUCCUGCGAAAUGAACUGUUGUUAGGUUUUCCAUGGAUGGUUUGCAAUAAAAUUUGGGCAUCACAUUGAACUGUUUAUGCAGACAAGGCCUUUGAGCCUGUUUAGUACUGUUACCAUAAAUGGGGAUUUUCCCUUGUGCUUUAUCAAGAAACAGAAGUUGUAAUACGAGGGAGAUUGCCUUAUCAAUUUGUUGCUGUUUCUUUUUU